AUGGCUUGGGGUCUCGACACGACGCCGACGCCGGCACGGACGCCCGCCGCUGCUGCACCUGCCACUUCCGAUGCCUCUUCUUCCACUGUGGCGGCUUUGGGACCGGCUCCCGAGUCCACUGAGGCCAUUGACAUCUUCGAAGGUGUGACUCCCGUUACGAGUGUUGCGCUGGAGGGCGUGGCGCUACUGCAGAUCAUUAAGCACUGUCACGAAAGCCUUCCCGGCGGCGUGGCUGGAUCACUUUUAGGUGUGGACAAUGAACAGGUGCUGGAGGUGACCAACAGCUUCCCGUCGCCUCCCAGCAGUGAGCGUAAGAAGGGUGCGGACGAGUAUCAGCUGGACAUGAUGAAGAGUCUGCGUGAAGUGGGUAUGGAUAACAAUAAGGUGGGAUGGUACCAGUCCGUGGCUAUGGGCACUUUCUGCACGGCCUCUUUCAUCGAGCACCAGUUCCAAUACCAAAGGUCGCUGGGUCCGAACGCCAUUUGCCUCAUCUACGACUCUGCCGAGACUUCCAAGGGAUCGCUCAGUCUGCGUGCUGUGCGUCUCACCAAGGCCUUCAUGGACACAUACAAGACCAAUUCAUUCACUAAGGAGAUCUUCGCUAAGGCUGACAUCCGCUCGGCCACUGUGGUGGAGGAAAUCCCCAUUGAGAUUCGAAACUCCGACAUCAUCACGUGCUGGUUGCAACAGACGGCGCACGCUAAAGAUAGCGCCACGGCCAGCAGCUUUGAGCGUCUGGACUUAGCUACCAACGCCUACCUGGAGAGCAGCCUGAAGAACAUGACGUUGUGGGCCGAUGAACUCGCACAGGAGCACUACAAAUUUCAAGGCUACGAGCGCGCAUUAUCUAAGCAGCGCGCCGCCUACCAGCAGUGGCAGAAUAGACAGCGGGAGGAGAACAAGGUACGUCGCGAGAACGGCGAGGAGCUUGUGCCUGAAGAAGACCCCACCUUUUUCAAGUCGGUGAACCAGCCUUCGCGUCUUGAGUCGCUCCUCAUUACCAAGCAGAUGAGCACGUACUGUGAGCACAUCAACCGCUACGCCGGAAAGUCCUUCCAGAAGCUCUUCCUGGCUGCCAAGAUUCACCAGAACGAGUAAAACAGACAGGCAGAUCGUGGGCGUGGUGUCUAAUUUUUGCGGAUCUAACCGGCAGCAGGAAUCUCCAGAGUCAGGGCGACGGUGUUUGGUAUUAAGGUCACAGGUUCUUGGGUAGCAGUUUGGCAGUAACAUGUCGACAAGGGCUAGAUAGAACAAAGGUGGAUGGAAUGUGGUGCUUCCCCCCC